AUGGACGAUGUAGAGGCUGAGCUCGUCAAUGAGCUCGAAUUUCAGUACUAUGGUUUUUCCCCAUUUGGGUUUGUGGACACAGUUUAUAAUGAUUGUGUGCAAUCAUGGGUGGAAGCAGUUGAGGAGGUAUUCUCUUCACCCCCUUUCUCCGAAAUGGAGGACAAAGAGGGCUAUGUGGCAGAGAUUAUUAAGAUGUUUUUCCAUAAUAAGGGUAUAAAAGAAGCAACAGAUAUCUUAACGGCAGGUAUUUAUGGGUUUUUCAAGGAACGGAUUCUGAGAUACGUUCUUCGUAUUCCUCGCCACGUUACUCUGCCUGAACAUGAGUAUACUCAUCAUCUUCUAUUCUCCGAUGACCCUGACGUGCAGGAGCUCAAUCGUCAGAACGCUAAGCUUGCAAAAUGCAUUGUUGAGUACCGCACCACCCUGACGGAGUUGAACGAGCGGAUCCAGGAAGCCAAUAAUGCUGCGGAAGUUUUAACAACGCUGAUAGAACAAUUGGAAAGAAUAUCUUUGGAUGUUACAGACGAUCCUGUCGGCGGUUCUGAUGUCAGCUCCCCAGUCAUAAGCUAG